AUAAAGGAGAUAAACAGAAUCGUCGUUCUUCACCGAUUUCCGGUCCUCCACAAGAAAAAACAAAAGAAGAAAAUAACAAUAUUGAUAAUCAUCAUCACGCAGCACUAUGGAACGAUGCCGUCUCUUCCGUACAGUCGUGGAUGGAAAAGUCACAUCACAGUGGAGAAGGAACAAGUACCCAACAACCAAAUAGUACUCUGUCCGUUGGGACGAAUAAUAGAAUGAUUUAUUCGGACAACACCUUUUCAAUUGCUCCCAGCGACCUCACUUUUUUAUGGGAAGAGUGUCCUCGUUGUUUCUAUUUGAAAGUUCAUCGCAAGUCAUAUCGUCCACGUCUACCGUUUCCUAGUGUGUUUGGAGCCAUCGAUCAACAAAUGAAGCAAUUCUUUUCCGGUAAAAGAACGGAUGAGUUUUGGCAACACUUUCCAAAUAACGGUGGUCGUUUUGCUACUUUGCCUCGGUCUUCAGCCAUAUGGAUUGAAAGUCGACCGUUGAAAAUGGCCAAAUAUGAUGCUUGGAUAGUAUUAAGAGGCAAGAUCGAUAGUUACUUACAAAUGGAUGAUGGUACCCUUGGAUUGGUUGACUUUAAAACGAGUCAGAUAGGAAAUCGUUUGGCUCCCAUUUAUUCGAGACAGUUACAUGCCUAUGCUUGGAGUUUAGAGAAUCCUUUGGAAACAACUGGUCCACUGAUAGGCAUAGUAAGUAAUAUGGGGUUGAUUACUUUUCAUCCACAAUCAUUUCAAGUGGAUGCAUCUUCAUUUCUUUCACAGAAACCACUGGAAGCUUCAUUCGGUGGCAGAUUAGAAUAUUUGCCCAUUCCACGAGAAGAUGAUCGAUUCUUGGACUUUUUAGAACAAGUGGUUGGUCUAUUGAAACAAGAACAAGCCCCGGUGAUCGAUUAUCAAACCCAGUGUCCAUUUUGUCAAUAUCUUAUUCAACAAGGAAAAGUAUGAAAGGAUACUAUUGGGCAAAGAUAAGUGGAAUGAGU